AUGCCGGUCAUCACGGAGGAUCCGGCAGCCCCGGCAGGACCCUCGGACUCCCAGCAACCUGGCCCCUCCACCAGCAAGGCUCUACCGGACGAAACCUCCCCGACCAUGCUGCGCUCCCUGAGCCAACUCAGCAUCGAGGAGCCCCUUGCCAAACAGGCUCGUAAGAUCCCUACAUGCAUGAACCCCUUCGAGGGGAUCAUCAUCCAAAUCCGUAUCGAUUCGGCUAUUGUUCUCUACGACCAAACGCCUGCGGUGGAAGGGGCACCGGGACCAGUUAUCAUCCGCAAUCUCCCGCCUGAGGUCCACCUGCACAGCCGAAUCAAGAUCCUCGAAUUCAGACUGUUAUCCGAGCGACAGCCGACGUUGCGAAGUAACGAACUGGCCAUCAAAAACUCCGGCUUUGUCUCCUAUAGUUUUGAGGGAACGAGCUAUGAAGUCUUGGAACUGGCCACCACCACAAUUCAAGUUCUUGGAAUGCUUGUGGAACCGGUGCAAUGCCGACGCGGAGUCAGCAGACGUAUGUCAAGGUCAUGGUAGAUGCGUUUCAGAUACAGCCAUUGAUGGCAAUCGGAUUCUUCGAGCGGGUUCCCGUCGCCUUCCUCCCACCAAGGUUGUCCAGUCUGACCGCCAGUGCGGACUUCCAGAUCAUUCUCGACCAGGCAAGCAGAGCGGCGCCUUCGGAGCCCUGGCACCUCUUCGGGUCCGCAAUGCCAUCAAGACCUUGGCAGAAAAGGUGGAAAUGAGCAUGAAAACACCUUCCAACGACCGAACCACAACUCUCACUCAUACAAUGUCUCUCCUUGGUAAGUUCAACUAUGAUCCAGAUCACGAACAUUCAAUGAAUGGUAUGGACAGAAUGAGAAUCCUCACAGACAAUUGCACGGAUGAUUCGGAAAGGAGGAAAAUCAUAAGCCCUUGGAAAAGAGGAAUACGUUCAAUUAAAAGGAAGAACCUCACCCAAUACACCAGAAUCCAUGGAAUAUAAGGAAUUAUUACGCACAUUGAAGGAAAUCUUUGGCCCAACCAAGUCCCUGUUUCGUCGCAGGCACGAAACGCUUUCACUUACCCUCCCGCCAGGAAAAACAGCGGGUGAGGCUCUAAAUGAAGCAAACAUUCGAGGAGACAAAUUCGAAUUCACAGAGUUGGACCUCCAUCAAUUCAAGAUCUUCCUCACACUUCAAUUCCUGAAGGACCCCUCUUACAAGAGCCUUCGAUCCAUGAUCCUCAAAGCCGUUGAUCAGAAGCCGGACAUUGCCAUCGAUGAACUGCGCAAAGUCUUGAAAAGCUUCGAAACGCGAAUGGACGACGUAAACCUGAGAAAUUCACUAGAUCCUAGAGCCUCGUACGAAGUAAACGAGCUCAAGAAGUACCACCGUCAGCCAGAACCCACCCAUUCACACCCCCACUCUUCGAACCCUUCCAAGAAACGGAAAUGUUACAGACGUAAUGGCCCACAUUUUGCCUAUGAAUGCCAAAAAGAGAACCUAUCUGCUCUUUCUGCAAUAGGGAAGGCCACAAUGAUGACGCAUGUCGCAAGAAGAAGUCCUCCCACUUACGCUUCAACAACAUUACGAUAAACAAUGUUGUAUCGGAAGACACUGGAGACUACGUUACACUUCAAGUCAAUUCAAUCUCCACGAAGUUCAGAAUCGACAGUGGAGCAGACAUGACAGUCAUUGGCCCUGAGACCUGGAAACACCUCAACAGACCCACUCUAACCCCAUUCAAGAUACCCUGCCAAUCUGUUGAUGGAUCCUCUCUCUCAAUCAAAGGAAGCUUUACCGCCACAUUGUCCUAGGAAGGCCACUCAUUCAAGGAUAAGAUCAUUGUUCUUGCUUUCAGAGAGACUACCCUCCUCUCCGGCAAAGCUUCAAAGGAACUUGGCAUCAUUACACUGUACAAUAAGGGCAAGGCCAACAUCAACGUCGUCGAACCCUACGCUCAGACGAUGGUUCCUCAGUACACUGAGAAUUUCGAAGAAGAAUUGGGGCAAACUACAAACACCCUUCAAAUUGCACAGCAAGUGAAGGAAGACGAACCACAAAUCCUUCAAAUUGCACAGCAAGGGAAGGAAGAUGAACCACAAAUCCUUCAAAUUGCACAGCAAGGGAAGGAAGAUGAACCACAAAUCCUUCAAAUUGCACAGCAAGGGAAGGAAGAUGAACCACAAAUCCUUCAAAUUGCAAGGCAAGGAAAGGAAGAAGAUACAAAGAUCCUUCAAAUUGCAAAGCAAGGGAAGGAAGAUGAAACACAGAUCCUUCAAAUUGCAAAGCAAGGGAAGGAAGAUGAAACACAGAUCCUUCAAAUUGCAAAGCAAGGGAAGGAAGAUGAUACAUAG